GCCUAUGGGCAUGGCUUAUACACUGGUGAUAUCGGCAAUAUUUUUUAGCUUCAAAGGUAGUAGGUAGUACCGGAGCUUCGUAUAGCGGCCUUCACUUAACAUCCCCUUCCCCUAUGCUCCAUGAAGCAAGAUUUUAGUAGUAUAAUAUAAAAAUAUUUUUACACUAUAUGAUUUUUUAAUUGACCCGAUUCCCGAUUGACCAAUGUAGAAAAUGAACUUUUCUAUAUUGACUCGGGUCUGGGUGUUGUGGUACCUUCGUUGUCUCAGAUACUCCAUAAUACGGGGGCUUUAGCUACUCAUCUUGGAAUCUGAGCAAUGUAUGUGAUGUUGUUAAAUAUUUAUUAUUUUAUUAUUAUAUUUAUUAUUAUUGAAAACCCUGUACAAAUUUGGGGUAGCUUUCAGGAUUUUGCUACCCAAGCAUGGCUUUGCACAUAUGAAGUAUUUAAUUAUUUUUUUUAUUAAAAGAAAAACAAACUUACUUGUAAUGAAUAUUUUGUUUCCUCAAGAAAGUAUGCAUGUAUGGCAGAAAAACAUUUAACUGACUUUGUCUAUUCCUGUACGUAACUAGUAUUGCUACGCUGAACAUUGGGUUACAAUCUUCAGGUGAAUAACUACCAUUUGAAAUACCAUUUGCUGAGAAGUCAUCAUAUUUCUUUGGUACUUGCCAAUUUUCAAUGCUCUCUGUGGCCUGUAGUAUUUGUUCAUAGUUACAUACUGGUUUAUUUUUCUUUAAAGUUAAAAGUGGAGAUACUUCUUUGUGAAGUUCCUCUAAUAGCAUGUGUUGUGAUAGAUGUGGAUAAUUGUAUUUUCCAUAGGCAGCGAAGAACUGAAUGAUGGCUAUCAGGCAUAAUGUAGAAAAGACACAUGUACUUAUGUGUAGUUGCAAAAGUUUAUUUUUGAAGCCCAUUUAGACAUUUGUGUGGUUACUUUAUUAUUAUAGAAAGUAACAAAAUCAAAUGUUAUGGAUUAUAAAGAGGAGCACUCUUUUGUUGGGCUGAAAAGAGAAAUUAAAUUAUUAACAAUAAUGACAGUUGUUGAUAAUGCACAUCGAAACUUAUUAAUAUAUAAGAUUUGUAUAUAUAUGUUUAUCAUUAUUUGUAAUAUGAUUAUAAAAACAAUGCAUUUUAUUCUAUUCACAAGUACAGAUUUACAAGCCUUAUAUUAUAAUAGUCGUUAACACAAUAACUAGGUACUAUUCAUGCAAAUAAAUAGACAAUAGAACAAUGUUUAUCAUGUUUGACCAACUAGUUUUAUCUAUUAAUAAUUGGGGCAAACAAAGCACACAUCUGAAUGGAAAAAUACCAAACACAAUAUUGAUAUUCUGGUUAAUAAUUACCAUGCAGCCACUUAAUUAUUUUAAAUAAAAAUAAAUAUAUAGAUCUCAUUCUCUAUGAAGAUGUGUGUGCAUAUAUCUUCUAAUUAUUCUAUCUAAUUAAUUAUUUGCAACACAAAACAGUCACUUAUUAAGAAUUGUUGAAUUAAAUAUACUUGAUAGAAAAAUCUCAUAAUUUACAUAGUGAUAUCAGAAUGACAUACAUACACAACCACAAUGCAUUAAAUGCAAUUCCCUUGACAUACAACUUGAUUAUUUUAUAAAUGUCAUCAAAUUCUUGUUGGCAGUGUUCAUAUUACCCGCCAACCGAUUGCUUGCUAGUCAGCUGUCAAUGUGACACGAUCAGAUUGACAACAAAUUCACAAAAGUAAACAAAUCUAAAUUAAUUUUUCGAUCUUUUUUGUGAUAAUAAAAAUAAGUGCAGUGGUAUUAAGUGGAAAGUUUUUAGUUAAUAGUGUACACAUCUUAAAGUUUAAGGGGAUAGCGAUGAGUGUUCUUUUGGACGAACUAACCUGUAAGCCUCUUGAUACUUACAGUGAAAUAGAGUUGUUUUUAGAAAAUCCACCAGCUUGGAGGACACUGUGUAAAGAAUUACAACCUCACAGUAAAUAUCUAUUAAAAAAUUCAAGUCUUAUCGGAGAUAAUGUAACAUUUUCGGAGCCUGGACCAGCCACUUUCUGUCAUUUUGAUCCGGAUGACACGUUGGGCCAUGAAGUUCGCCAUGAAGAAAAAAAAUUACCAAAAACACUUGUUUGUCAUGAUAUGGCUAAUGGAUAUCAUGAUGAUUGCAAAAUCGAUGGUACCGGUACUUAUGAUGCAUAUACAUUUUAUAAUUGGGCUGGAAUUGAUAUAUUCUGUUACUUCAGCCACCACCUAAUUACUAUACCACCUUUAGGUUGGAUCAAUGUUGGUCACGCCCAUGGAGUAAAAGUUAUUGGAACUGUUAUCACAGAAUGGUCAGACGGACAGGCUUUCUGGGAUAAACUAUUAGAAUCCGAGGACGAGUACAAAGUUUUUGCUAGCGCUCUGGUCGCUAUUGCGAAAACACUGAAAUUCGAUGGAUGGCUACUUAAUAUUGAAAAUAAGGUGUUAAACCCUGGGGGUCUAUUAGAAUUUGUUGAGCAUCUUCACAAAACCUUACAUAAAGAGCUAAGAGAUCCUGUAUUGAUCUGGUACGACAGUGUUACUAUAGAGGGUACUCUCAAUUGGCAAAAUGCUCUUAAUAAAAGGAAUAAACCAUUUUUUGAUGCAUGCGAUGGUAUAUUUACCAAUUAUUCAUGGACCGGCGACCAUAUAAAGGAGAGUGCACUGGAGGCUGGAGAGAGGCUAACUGACCUCUAUAUUGGAAUUGAUGUAUGGGGACGCAACUUCUAUGGCGGUGGCCAGUUUAAUACUCAUGAGGCUAUGAAUGUAGCUUAUUCGUAUGGUUGUUCCAUAGCAAUAUUCGCGCCUGCAUGGACCCACGAAGCCGUCACCUCGGAUAAGAAAGACAUAAAUAGUAUCGCUAUGGCAGAUGAUUUAGAACAAUAUGAACAAUUCUUAUUAAGAGAUCGAGCGUUGUGGGACUGUAUUUGGCCAUUCUUAAAUACCAGAGUCCCAAGCGCGCUUCCGUUCAAAACCUCCUUCUGUAGAGGUCAAGGCAAGAAAAGACGCUUAUAUGGAGAGGUGCUUUGUCCAGUUCCAUGGUAUAAUCUACGACAUAUGCAAUAUCAACCGAACUGCUCUCAUGGUCCACAUCGUUAUAUUAUGACUGAAAAUGGGAAAAUUACACAAAAAUCACAAAAAGAUAAAAAAGGAAUAAUAAAGUAUCACGAAGAAGUUAUUACAGACGAGAAUGAAAUCGGGGGCACUUCUCAUUCAGAAUGUGUAAACGAAUUAGACGAGAAACGGUCAGUGAAACUAUGUGAAAUUGCUGUACAAACGGAACAGCAAAGCGUGAAAAAGAAAAUAAAAAAUAUAUUCAAAAAUAUAUUUAAAAUGAAAAUCUCUAAAACUGAGGAACAAAAUGUUCACAAACAAGAUAACGAAGAAGAAGUUGAAGUCGGGAGAGAUGAGAAGUCAAACCAGCUCAGUGCUUCUAAAGCGAUAGAUAGUCAAAUGGCUUUAAAAAUGAAAUCAACCGAGGAUAGCGUUAGCGUGCUAUCUCAGACGUCUUGUAAAGAUAAGAAAGAAAAGAAGCUUAAAGCUACGGGGAAGUCCAUGAUUUGGAUGUCGAUGAAUAUCAAUCUAGGGCGAGCGGGGCAGUCGGCAGUGACACGGUAUCAUCUGACAUUCAUGUCUAACGAGAGAGAUUGCCUCCAAGUUUAUUUUGAGGACAGCUUCACCGGUGGCUCAUGUCUGAAGGUGCAUCCGUGUGAAAAGCUUCGUCGAACUGCAAGGCUCUUUCAUUGCGACUUUGCCUGUGCGGGAACGUUAGUGUUUUGUGUGGUAACCAAAACAAUGUUUGGUUGCGAAAAGCAAUUUUUAAACAUUAAACUAUCUAUAGAAAAUGAUAAGAAACAAUACCAGUAUGUUUAUCUGAUCGGUCGCACGAUUCCCACUCAAGGGCAACAGGACCAAGCGGGUUCCUCUGUCAUGAACGUCUACCCGAUCAAUAGCUCACACUCCAUGUUUCGGGAUUUACAAAAAUACCUGUUGUUAAAUGAACCUGACUUUUAUAUACCAGUGGAGAAUUCGUACGAUUGGACGGUUAGGUACUAUGAGCUUACUGUGCCGGGGUCGCGCGUUACGGCGAUUAACUGCAACACGGGACUGGACCGAGGCUCUAUUCUCCUUGGACAUUUUGGCGUAUGCUCGAUGACGACGGUUAGGUUCACGUUCUUGAGGUUAGCGGAGGUGGUUGGUAGCCACCCUGCACUGCAAGGUCUCAUCUGUCUAGAAGAGGCUCUCGAUGUACUCGAGACUCUCCAUGCGCGAGGGGACUAA